GUUAUUACUCUUCCAACAAUGUUGACGCUCGGGCGUGUUGCGGCGAUACCUGUCUUGAUUGCUGCAUGGUACUGGAACUCGCCGUACUCUGCGGCCGCGAGCACCACUGUCUUCGCGCUGGCCUCCCUAACAGACUGGCUGGACGGCUACCUGGCACGCAAGAUGAAAGCUUUCUCCCCUUUUGGCGCAUUCCUGGACCCCGUGGCUGAUAAACUGAUGGUCGCAGCCGUGUUGGUGCUGCUGUGCACCCGGCCUAUCGCGGUGGGAUCUCUGGCUGGGAACGACUGGCUGCUGCCCGUCUGCACGUUGGCAAUCAUCGGCCGUGAGAUCACCAUGUCGGCCCUGCGGGAGUGGGCGGCUACUGCGGGACCGGAGGCCAGGCAGGCGGUGGCGGUCAACUCCUGGGGCAAGUGGAAGACGGCCAGCCAGAUGGCCUCUCUCACGUUGCUGCUGCUUUGUAAGGACGGCGGCUCGGGCUCCUGGCUGGAGGCAGCUGCCACUGCCGGUGUGGGGCUGCUGCUGGUGGCUUCCUGGCUCACAGUGCAGUCCCUGGCCAUUUACAUGCGGGGGCUGUGGAGGUUCAUG